AUGUUUGGCUUCUUUCACCUCGUGGUCGUCAUCGCCUGCCUUGCUGCUGCCCUGGUCUCGGCUCAACCAGACCACUCCAAGGUUUACAUCCGCGGCAUCAGCUACGGCGGUAGCGGAUGUCCACAGGGCAGCGUUGGCCAGUCGCUCAGCCAGGACUUGACGUCGUUUACGCUUAUCUUUGAUAGCUUCAUUGCCUACACGGGCGACGGUCCGGCCAACCGCAAGAGCUGCCAGAUCAACGUUGAUCUCGUGGUCCCGAACGGAUGGACCUUCUCCCUGGUGGGAGUCGACUACCGAGGUUUCGUGGAGCUGCCUGCCGGCGGUAUUGCCACGCAGUACUCGCUCUACUACUUCCAAGGCGAGCUGACCCAGGUCUCGAACCAGCAUGUGUUCAAAGGCCCUAUCAGCGGCCAAAACUACUUGGUCCACGACGAUAUCCCGCUCGCCAGUACUCUCUGGAGCAAAUGCAACGACGUCGUGCCAUUCAAUAUCAAGAACUCGAUCAAUGUCAAUGCCCCCGCCGGCGCGUCCCCCCAGGGCCAGAUCACGACUGACACCAUCGACGGCAAGGUCACCCAGAUCUGGGGCUUGCAGUGGAAGAAGUGUUAG